AUGUAUGUGAAAUGGUUUGAUACAGUAAUAAUAUUUUACUAUGUUAUUUUAGUGAAUUUAGUGAAUGUCACUUUUUGUCAUUUUCAAAUUUCCCGCUGUUUCCGUCCUGACAUCACAGGUGACGGAACCCAGAAGACAGAUGCCGGCAUCCGCCAGAGGACAUUACAGAGGACACUGCAGGAGGGACAUCGCGGGAGCGCAGGACAAGGUAAGAGAAGAACAGAUCCCGGAGCAGCGCUACAUGCCAUGGUAAGCCCGAGUGUAGCUCGGGGGUUACCGCUUGUGCUACACUCGGGAAUACCGCCAGGGAGGUUAAAGUAA